AUGCCUGAAAGCAGGCCCUUGAAGAGCAACAUCAACGUUGGUUGCCACAUUGAUGCGAUGGGGCUCACAGCCGCGUUCAAAGGAAUGGACCCUUCGGGGGUGGCUCAAUUCGACGCUUCUUCCAUGGUGGCCUGGAGGGAAAAGCAGACCCUAGAGCGGAUGAAAUCGGAGGAAAUUGAGCGUGCCCAGGACCGCUUCACCGACCAAGAAGGCCUCACAUCCCUCGAUAUUUCAGGAGCGCAGGGGGUGGGAGACAGCGGGGUCGCCGUGCUGACCGCACAGUGCCGCCGCCUGCAGUCCUUAAAUAUGUCCGGUGCCUCUCGGGUCACAGACGUUGCCAUCCGCUCCCUCGCCGUGAAUUGCACCGGAUUAACCCAGCUCAACCUCAGCGGGUGCCUCGCGAUCUGUGGACCUGGACUCGCGGCCGUGGGAGAGUGCUGCCCGAAACUGGUGCACCUCGAUUUAUCCGAUUGCAAGCAGAUUGGGCACUGGGUUCUGACGAGACUGUUUCGGGGGUGCCGUGCGCUCGAGACGCUGUCGCUGGCGCGCUGCUCCCGGGUGGGAGACGAGGAGCUCAAAGAGCUCGGGGUGGGGUGCCGCGGACUCGUACGCCUAGACCUGAAAGACUGCAACCAGGUGUCCGAUACCGGCCUGCUGGAGGUGGCAAGGCGUUGCAGUUCGCUGACCGUCCUGGAGUUGUCACGUUCAGAGCUGCCCUUCAAGGUUGGCGAUGUUACGCUGAUGGCUCUGGGUGAGGGUUGCCCCGAACUCCAGUGGCUUAGCGUGAAGGGUUGCGACGGUGUAACGGAUGUUGGCCUUGCGUGGAUGUCCAGCGGCUGCCCUGCGCUGGAAUAUCUGGAUGUGUCUGGUUGCGUCAAGGUUUCAAACGCGGGAGUCACAAGCCUCUGCGAGAGGUGCCCCCUGCUCGAGCAUCUCGGGAUGGCGUCCCUGAAGCACGUCACCGACAUCGGCGUGGCCAGGCUCGGUAGCUCGUGCACGAGGCUGACACACCUGGACUUGUCCGGGAUCGUCAACCUUUCCGACGGCAUGCAGAGAGACUUCGCCCUCACGGGGGUCCAGGCACUCGCAAAAGGCUGCACAGGACUGCAAACGCUAGUCCUAGACGGGUGCUUCCAGAUCUCCAAGACCGCGCUCCGGUCUGUGGGCGGCGGGCUGCGCUCACUCAAGCGGCUGUCUCUGGCCCGGUGUCCGGGUCUUUCCCAGGAAGGCAUGGCUGCUGUGGCGAAAGGUUGCCCAAACUUAACGGAACUGAACCUCCCUAAUUGCGGGAGCGCAGUGACCGACGCUGCCGUUGCGUCGUUCGCGAGGGGUUGUCGACGCCUUCGAAGGCUGUGCCUGAGGGGAGUUGUAGGCGUACCACCCCCCCUCGGCGCGCCAGGAAUCCUUGCCGUGUGCAGCCUCUGUCGAGACCUGGAACUGUUGGACCUUCGAGAGGUGUUGAGCCUGGAAGAUUCGGCCCUGGUCGGGUUCCACGACCACCAGAUGGAGAAGCUUGAGAAAGUCGUCCUGAUGGAUUGUCCCAAGAUCACCGGAGCCGGGGUGCAGUGGCUGGUGGCGGGAUGCCCGGCGUUGUCCUCUCUUAACCUGAAGGGCACCAAGGCCACGCUUACGGCGCUCAACAUCAUCAAGGAGCGCUACCCGUACAGCCGCAUAAAGGUCGGAGACAAGUUCUUCGGAUUGUCUCCCCUACCCAAGAUGAGGGAGCGAAUCGCGAUAAAGGAGUACGCCUCGCUGCACAUGGGGGCUAGGAAGAUACAAGGUUGUUUCAGGACGAUGAAGGCGAGGAAGGAGGUGAGGGCCCGACGGGUCCGUGCACAAGAAGAAAAGGCUGCACGCAUGGUCACCAGAGCGCUGCGCAGAAAGCAGGGCAAGGCCAAGCUGCAGGCGCUACGGUUGCUCAAGAACCGCGAAGCUAGCGCCGCUAUAGUGUUGCAGAAACUCUGGAGAAAAGCUAUUGCAAGGAUGUGCGCGAGUCGUCUUAGAAGGGAAGAGCGCGAGCGAGCACGCCGAGCAACCACAAUCCAGCGGAGAUAUCGGGGCGUGCUAGGAAGGAGGAAGGCAUGCCGUCGACGAGUGGAGAGGGCGGAGCAGAGGAAGAGGGAGGUGGCGGCUUCGCGCAUGAUUCAGCAGAGGUUUAGGAUGCACAGGGCAAAGGUAAAGUGUACCACGCUCCGCGAGCAAGCGGAGCGCCUCCGAAGAAAGCGAGACAAGAGCACGAGGGUGCUGCAGCGGCGAUGGCGGUCCUACCGCGCCAGACAGGAGCUGGAGAGGCUGAAGCACCUCCUGCGGCUCGAGAAGGCCAGGAAGAAGGCCGCCGCCACGUGCAUACAGAAGUUCGUGAGGGUGUCUCGCUGUAGAAAACUCCUGGAGCAGAAGCGCAGAGAGCGGGCGCACAGGCACGCCUCCACAACUACUAUCCAGCGGCACUAUCGCGGGGUAAUUGCAAGGGUGCACUACGUGAUACUCUGCGAGAAGCGGCAGGUGGAGAGGGAGAAAGGCGCAGCACUGAGGUUGCAGUGCUGGCAGCGCUUGAUCACCAGCAAGGCGUUGUGUGGAGUGCUUGCCAUGAACAAGCAGCUUCGGCAGGUCCGGGAGCAAAACGGAGCUAAGACAAUACAGCAGUACUACCGGCGGUACAGGGUAAGGGUGGAGGCCGAGGCCCGCAAGAAGAACCACGAGGACGAAGUGCGGGCGAUGUCCAGGCUAGAGGACUGGGCAGCGACUCAAAUACAGGUUUCUGGAGAGAUACGGUGGAGGCGGCCGCAAGACUUCUUGGAACUUCUCCCUCGGCCAUCCUGCGGAGAUUGCUGCCUAUUCGAGGCCUUCAGCGAGUGCGCCGACUGUGGAGAAUUCUUCUGCUCCGCUUGUUACCGCAAGGUGCAUGGGGGAGGAAAACGACUCCAUCACGAGUUCCGCGCUCUUUACGACUACUACGGAAAGAGGGUCGACUAUGGAGAGGGGGAGUUCCCGUCUUGUUGGCCAACCGACGUGCUACAGGACGACGAGAAUGGAUGGCAGCUCCGGGUGGCGCCCGAGAGGGAGCCAGCGGAGGAGAGGGGAGACUGGACAAGGUACACGGCGGAGGCUGGUGGCGACAGCGCUGACGGGAGUGCCUAUCCCGGAGAAGACCUGUACUACAAUGCUGUCACAGGCGAAUCGUCCUACCAGGCCCCUGCCGAAUGGGACUGGUUGGAGACACAGGCUCUGGAGACCUCGUUCUUCGACGUCGAGCCGUCAGAAGAGGCUGCUAAUGACAGCAGCGCCAGUUGGAGCAAUGACAUGAGCCAGGCGAGAUUUGUGGUGACUGUGUACCGGAUAGAAGUACAGGUUACCACAGAACGCCCAGCAAUGCUCUUGGUACCUCUCGCAGGACGCAAAUGCCCGGCGACGCGCGAGGGUGACCGGAGACUCCUCGUAUUUCUAUAG